AUGAUUUGCGGAAAUUGCGGAUGUGGUAAUCAUAGCUGUGGAGGUAACUGCGCUUGGGCUAUCAAACAAUUACAAGAACAAAUCAAUAAGCUCACUCAACAAGUCACCAAUUUGGAAUCCUCCAAAAUAACCACUCAAACUGUCAAAGUUCCUAAUCAUUUCCAAAAGAUUACCAAUACUCAAUUUACUGCAAUUCCAGGUUCUCAAGCCACUCUUACAGUGACUCGUCCAACCAAACUCAUUGCUUUCGUCAGCUUCCAUUCACUCUCACCAUCUGUUCUUACCAGUUGUGAUGUCACCUCUGCUCUCAACGGAAAUGUUAUGACACUCGCCGGAUACAAUGAUUACCCAUGGCCAACUGGUACCAGUCUUAAUCACAACCACUACGUCAAUGGUGUCUCGAUCACCCAAGAAGUCUUGCAACCAGGUUGCACCUACAACUACGAUAUCCGAGGUCGUGUUCGUUGUGGAAAUCAGCAAUGCGAUGCAAAUGGAUUCGCCUCCUUUGACUUUCUUGACAAAUUCACUUCGAAGAUUAACUCAUCUGCAGCAACAAAAUAUAUAAAAUUAGCGAAAAAGUGUUCAUUUUCAACCAUAAAUAUUAAUUGUUUAUCAUCGUUGCCAAAACAAUCAAUUUUCGAAAAUAGUAAUAAUAAGUUCAACAGUAGAUCUUCACAAUUUCUCAAACGACAACAACAACAAAAAUCAAUUAUUUAUAAAAAUUUUUAUACAUCAUCAUCAUUAUCAUAUAGUGAUACUAAUAGCAAUUAUAACGAUAACAACAAUAAGAUGUCUUCAACAACAAAUGAUAGAGCCAAUAGAUUGAUUUGGGUGGAUUUAGAGAUGACGGGAUUGGAUAUCACCAAAGAUCACAUCAUGGAGAUGGCUUGCAUCAUCACCGAUAGUGAAUUAAACGUAGUCGAAGUCGGUCCAGAACUAAUUGUACAUAUCGAUGACAAAGAUCUCAACUCAAUGGAUCAAUGGUGUACAGAGCAUCAUGGUCAAUCUGGUUUAACAGAGAAAUGUAGACAAUCUAAGCUAUCGAUUCAAGAUGCAGAGAAACAGAUGGUUGAAUUUCUGAGAAAACAUGUAGAUAAAGGUCAGUGUCCUCUGGCAGGUAACUCGGUACAUCAAGACAAGAGAUUCUUACUUAAGGAAAUGCCGUUGUUUGCCGAUAUGCUACACUACAGAAUCGUCGAUGUCUCCACCAUCAAAGAACUAGUCAGACGUUGGUAUCCUAGUGUUGCCAAUGGUCUAAAGAAACGUAAUCUUCACCGUACUCUUGCCGACAUUGAAGAUAGCAUUGAAGAAUUAAAAUAUUAUAGAUCAACUGUAUUCAAACAACAAUUACCAUAA